UGACGUCGCCAUCUUGGCUUAAACCGCCAAGCCACGCUGAUCUUGUUGCAAUUCUCGCGCAAUCAAGUCGAGAUAAGAACCAGAUCCACGUGACGAUUCCGCGUUCGGAUCAUUUCCGUCCGGUGGCUAUUUCGACCGUUGGAUCACUUGCGUUACGUGGUCAAGUCGCUCCGAUUUCUCAUCGCAUCCACGCGCGCUACACCGGUGCCGGGCCGCGAUUCACGCAGUUUCUCCGUUUUUGUGUUUACAACUACGAACGUGCACGAUCCGAAACCAGUGCUCUUGUGCGACGACGAGUUCUUUACACGCAUCCUCCACUUGGACCUGUUCUUCGUCGCUGCACCGGAUACCGAACUUGACAUCUCAAAAUGAGCAAAGUCAAGGACCCUCCAACCGACAACGAGACAGAAGAGGAGUUCAGUGUUGAAAAGGUCUUGGAUAGAAGAGUUGUAAAGGGAAAAGUGGAAUAUUUUUUGAAAUGGAAAGGCUACUCGAACGACGAAAAUACAUGGGAGCCAGAAGAGAAUUUAGACUGUCCAGAUUUGAUUGCUCAGUUUGAAGAGCAACGUAAGAAGCAAUCUGCUACCUCUGGUAAACGUCACGAGGAGAAGGAACAGAAAAAACGAAAGAGCAAUAACACACCGACGCCCACUCAAGCUAAGAAAAAGACCGCUGUGGAAGAGAAAAAACUGGAAGGUAAAGGAUUCGACAGAAAUCUAGACCCUGAGCGUAUUAUCGGCGCGACCGACUCCAGCGGUGAAUUAAUGUUCCUGAUGAAAUGGAAAGGAACAGAUGAUGCGGAUCUGGUACCCGCUCGUAUCGCCAAUGAGAAGUGUCCACAGAUCGUGAUUAAAUUUUACGAAGAACGACUCACAUGGCAUAGCCCAGCCCACGAUGACGAAAACUCUACGAAACCUGACCCGGAGUAGCAUUUUGCGUUUAUUCACAAUUUAUUUUUAUCAUUGCAAAGUAUUCCACUGUAACAAUUAUCUUAGGUUAUUUACGAGUUUUCUAACUUUUGUAGAGGUGAAAAAUAAAUAUAUGAAACAUUUUUUCAAACCACAUUAAUAUAGAACAAUAUGACAUAAAACUGAAAUUUAAACGUAAAAAAAGUCGAAUCAUUAUUAAUAAUAUGUAAUAUAUCUAUUUUCAAAGUGUGAAUUGUAAUUAUGUAAUUCACUGAUGUGCACUUCAAAAUGUUACUUUUAAUAGAUAUACUUUCAAGCCUGUA